AUGCUGCCCGUACCCUCAGGUUAUCCCAUAGCAAAAGUGUCGGGACCCGUGAUCAUCGCCUCUCUUUUGCACUGGGGACUCUUCGGGACCCUCUCGGUGCAGCUUUAUCUGUACUAUCUGGCAUUUCCAAAUGACAGAAAGUUCACGAAAUACCUCGUCUAUGGCAUCUACAUUGUCGAGUUCGUUCAGACGAUGUUCAUCACGCACGAUGUCUUUGCAGUCUAUGGGUACCAUUUCGGGGAUGUCGAAGCCCUCACUGAGAUACAUUUCAAUUGGCUCACUGUCCCCGUCAUCAGCGGUCUAUUGCUUGUGUCGGACAAGUUUUCUAUGCCUACCGAAUUUUCAUAUUGUCGAAGUCUCAAAUCGUCCCUAUACUCGUCAUUUCUAUCGUUGACCAGUUUUGUGGGAGCUAUAAUCACAGGCGUAUACGCUUUUCAAGCAGGCAAUGUCACUAAACUCAAUAACCGGAAGACGUCCAUUGCCGUCGGGACCUGGUGCGGUGCCUCUGCUAUGUGUGAUAUUGUCAUCGCUAUCUGUAUGACUUGCUCUCUUAUCCGUGGCAGUACCAAUCUCCGUCGCACCCAAAUGCUGGUCACAAAGUUAAUUUGUCUCACUAUUGAAACAGGAUCUGUGACAGCUGCUAUCGCUCUGCUUAGCCUUAUCCUCUUUGCUGCCUUCCCUCGUCAGACUUUUUAUACGACACCCGCCCUGCUCAUACCCAAGCUGUAUGCUAACGCCGUCAUUAUGCCUCCCGACAAGCAUCUUACGGGAUACCACUUCCCAGUCAACACAAGACACACGGCGAACGGAAGGAGAGAUGUCAGCAGUCGCGAUACCGAAGGAGGCAUUCAACAAUGA